UCGGCAAUGUUUCCUUCCAGACCAUGGAAGCUUCAUGGAACUCAGCGUGGCGCACUCGGCCGAGCUCCCUGAUUUGUAGACUGGGGAAGGUAAAGCGACUUUAGCCGGGAGAAAUAGUAAGACUCGAAAGACUUAAAAGAGAUGGCGAGAGCCUGUUGAGAGAUUUGAAGAACUACAUCCAAUUCAAACAUCUAGACGAGACAGACAUGAUGGCGAACCAAAAGACAUUGCUUUCUGAGCUUCGUGCUCGUAGUGCUAUCGAUUGUGACACCCUCGACUUGGAAGUCGCAAAGGCAUUGGGUCCAUUCGUCGAUUGUACAUCCAACCAGGCAAUCGUGAACAUUGAAUUACAGAAGCCCCAGAAUGAGCCUCUUGUGGUUGAGGCCAUUCGACAGGCUAAGCAGCUGUACGAGCAAUAUGCAACCGAAGCAACCUUCGAACAGUUUGCAUCCGAGGUCAUGGCAGUCAAACUUUCAGCAAGAAUGAUCCCCUACUUGACCGGCCGCGCUCUGAUCCAAACAAACCCCUACAACGCCUACUCAACAUCUGCCACAGUUGCAAAUGCCAAACGCAUCGUUGCAAUCUACAAGACUAUCCUGCCCUCUCACCCAAGCAAUCGUGUCUGCAUCAAGAUCCCGAGUACAUGGGAAGGCAUUGCUGCGUGUAAGGAGCUUGAGCAACAGGGUAUUGUGACUCUAGCCACCACCCUGUUUUCGAUGGAACAAGCUGCCGCAGCCUCAGCAGCUGGUUGCACUUACAUUGCACCCUACGUUAAUGAGCUACCCGUACACUUUGUACCUGGCCACAUCGACAACGACAAAGGUUUCGCUUUGACCCGCUCCUGCCAAAACUUCUACACCCGCAUCUCAUCUCGUACCCUCGUCAUGCCAGCCUCCUUGACUUCUGUAGAAGAAUGCCUGCAAGUGUCUGGUGCCCACCACAUUACCAUUUCUCCUUCUUUGCUUGCCGCUUUGGCUGCUACACCUGCUCCUGCCUCUUCUGCGCCUUUGUUCUUUGAUGAAGAGGUCAAGGGAGAGCAAGUAGGCGAUGAGGCAUUGAUGGAGGGCGUAAAGGAGGAAGCGAGUUAUAGGAUUAGGUAUACGAGGUUGAAGAAUGGGGCUGCGGAGAAGAAGUUGGUGGAUGCGAUUAAUAUUUUUGCGGACUGUCAGGACGGGAUCGAGGAGUUGGUUAGGAGGUAUGUCAAGUAGGUGGGAAGUAAAUGAGGUGGUUGCGAGAGUAUGAUGAGUGGGAUGUGUAACAUCAGUGUACUUAUUGCUUCCUCUUCUGUGUGCGUUGGAUUCGUUCCAAGGGGCAUUGCCUUUUGAACUAUGUGCAGAAUCAUGGCACGAGAAAGAAGACAAACAAAGGGAAGAGCGAAACAGGAAAAAUCGAAGGAUAGAAUAGCAAAGUAGAAGGGAACAUGGCAAGGUGAGGUGGAGUGACUUUCAUUACACCGCUUGGCCCUUAUGUUCUACUGACCGUUUCAGCUCUUG